UCAGAUACUAAUGUGGAUGUAGUUGGUAUGUGUCAAGAAAAACAGUUUCUUGUGGUUGGUGAAAGAAGUGGCAAUUUCCAUCUUAUUCACAUACCAUCAAAACAAACCUUGCUAACCAAGAUUUUGGUCGAAAAAUCUUCAAGGGAAAAGACUUACUUAAAUCUCUUUAUUGAAAAAGAUAAUGCAGAUGCAGGUGUUUAUCAUAUGUUUAUUCUCACAAGCAAAGGAUUCUUCUGCAUUAUGUGUCUUCCACUUGCUAAAACGCAGGAAGCAGUUGACAAGAUGGAUAUGAUUACGGCAAAGAAAUUACAAGGACAGAUAAAGACAGCUUUCAUUUCCACAGAAGAGUAUCACAGCCUCGGCUGUCAGAAUUUUGUGAUAAGUAACUCGGUGAACAAAAUCCAUUUGAUAAUUGGGGGUAAAGGCGAUUAUGUACUUUCCAAAUGGGAGGUAGACACUACCAAUAACCUGGUGUCUGUUCGAAGUUUUGCUGAUUCAAGUCUGAUCAAAGAUGCAGUAAAACUUCAAGUUCUUGACAAUCUGCUGUUUGUUUUAGAUACAGAGAAUAUCUUAAGCAUGUGGGAUGUUUAUUCCCUUACUCUAAUUUGGGAUUGGCCUUUAAUACAUAUUGAAGAAUUUCUUCUAAGUACAGAGUCAGAUUCUUCUCCAGUCAUAUGGCAAGGGCUUGCCAAUGUUAAACUGAUAGUCAUGACAAUACCGGAUAACAAACAGAUGAGAAGUCUAAUGGUUUUUGCAUUGCCUACUAUGCAACCACUCUAUUCUUUGGAAGUAUCUGUUGUUUCUUCACUUGUUCAAAGUGGGAUUGGCACAGAUACAAUAUACUUCUUGGAAGGAAUUCAUGAAAAACAUCAGAUACCCUCUGAAGGCCCAGUUUCUAUUGUUGUGAUGAGAAGUUUAACUGAAGCCUUGCCAGAAAAUAGACUAAGUCGCUUACUUCACAAACACAAAUUCACUGAAGCAGAGAAUUUUGCUAUUCAAUUUGGACUAGAUGUUGAGCUUGUAUACAAAGUGAAAGCAAACACUAUUUUAGAGCAACUAGCUUCAGCUUCUGUUGAGAGUUAUGGUCAUGAAGUCUGGCUGGAUCUUGUGAAUGAAGCCAAAGAAAAUUUGCAAAAAAUUCAGGAUAGCCAGUUUGUUGUGGAUUACUGCAUAAAUGCUCCAUGGCCACUGUAUGAAACCACUCAAGAAAUGUUGAGCUACGCUAAACUCAGAAUCUUAAAGAAAGAUGAUAGAAACAUUGCUUCAUCAUCUGAUGGGGCUCUUGUAUCUAUAACCGAGGUAUUGAGAGCUCAGUCAAGGCUUACAACUUUUUAUGGAGCUUUUGGACUAGAGAAAUUCAGUGGUAUUGCUUGGACAGAAUUCUUCAAUAACGAAGACAUUUUCAAGAAUAUCCUUUUUCAGCUAGAAGAAGGAAAUCUGUCUUGUGCACAGUACCUCUGGCUUAGGCAUCAGACAGAUUUUGAAAGCCUCUUUGAUGAGAAAAUGCUGGAGAACUUGCUUAAUGCCAUCCAUUUUGCUGCUCCUUUGAAGGAACUGUGUUUGUGGCUUAAAAAUGUUGUGAUACCUUUCUUAAGAAGAGUUGUGCCAAAGGGACAGAAAAUAUUAGCAAAAUGGCUGGAACAAGGUGCUCGAAACCUUGAAUUAACUGAUAAGGCAAAUUGGCCAGAAAAUGGACUCCAAAUGGCAGAAGUUUUUUUUACAAGUAAAAAUCAAGGUGAAAUGGGACUGACAGCUUUCGGCCAGUGGACUCCUUUGAGAUGUGGUGACUGUGAAGAGGUACAUAGGUUAAAGAAGCUGGUAAAUGAUUUGCAGGAACUGAUAAAUCUGUACAGAAAAUACAACUGCAGGCUGGCACUCUGUGAUUUUGAAAAGGAAAAUUCAACUACUAUUGUGUUUCGCAUGUUUGAUAAAAUUUUGGCACCAGAGCUUGUCCCAUCCAUUUUGGAGAAGUUUAUAAAACCCUACCUGUGUGAACAUAAUCUACAAAAGGAUGAACUUCUUCUACAGUAUAUAAAGGAUUUGCUAGAACGUUGUCGUACACGGUCUACUUCAGUAUUUGAAACUGCAUGGGAGGCAAAGGCAGUAUCUGUCAUUGGCUGUAUCUCUGAUACAGAUCUAAAAUUUGAUGCAGUUCUACAGAUAAUGCAUGGUGCUAUGGUACCAUGGAGUGCAGCAGUGGAGCAGCUGGUAAAACAGCAUUUGGAAAUGAAUCAUGUCAAAGUAAAGUUACUGCAGGAAAGUUACCGACUGAUGGAGAUGAAGAAGCUUUUGCGAGCCUAUGGCAUAAGAGAUACUAAUCUUUUAAAGGACAAGCAGAUGAUUAUGAGGCUAGUGAAAUACAUUCUUAAGCAAGAUACCCCUACUUCUUUGGAGGAUGCUUUGAAAAUUGUAGCAGCAUAUAUGUUGCCCACUGUGGAAGUCUACAUUCUGAGGAUGAUAGACCUGAUUGACAAAGAAAGGGGAGAGGAAUCUCUGACUUUGUUAAAAUCUCUGACUCUUGCUGAAGCUGAGAAAGUUGCAGAGAGAUUGACUGUAUGGGGAACACUGGUAUUACAGAAUAAAGCAGAUAAUUCUGAAGAGCACAAAACACAAAUGUUUAUGACUAAGACACUCGUGGAAAUCCUUAAAUUCCUGUUCAGCAUUCAAAAAGACAAUCCUCUGAAGAAAGAUGAAUGUGAAGCAAACCUAAAAAUGUUUGAAACACUUGCUACCCUGCAGGAAGAUUUUGAUAUCUUUCUUUCAGUCGAAGAAUUUAGGAAUCCUUCACUGAUGUCUCGGCUUCUUGAGAAGCACAUAAAAGCUUAUGAAACUGUCAGAUCUUUAUCAAAGCCUAGAAAAGUGCAAACAAUGAAUUGCAAUUCAGAAGAUGGUAAAACCAAGAACCGUUCUACUGAAUCGAGGUUGUAUAGACUGGCUUUGCUCCUGCAAAGGUCAGAGCAAGAACUGGGAGAAAAACUGGCCUUGAGAGCACUAGAUGCUGGAAAAGUUGAAGAUGCUGUAAAAAUAUGCAGGGAGUUCUAUGAAAAUCACUGUAAUGAAGAAACAGGGAAGCUGCUGUUUUCAGCAUGUCAAAGGCUUUGUCAUAUGUUGGGAUCUGAUGUUCCAAUGAUCACUCCUAAAGAUAUGAAUCUUCCAGCAGUGAUCUAUGAAAUGGCUUGCCAAGCAGCUACAAUAUGUAGUCCAGAUUUGCUAUUAGAUUCUCUAGAACUAUGUAAAUAUACUUUGGCUGCCAAGGAAAUUUACAGACAAUGCCAGAUAGAAAACUAUGGAUUUACAGCAAAGACAACAUCUUUUGGAGGAGAUAAAGAUCCUUAUGAAGAGUGGACUUAUGAUGACUUCUUUAAUGAAGAUGGAAUAGUUCUUGAUCCACAGAUAGCUCUUCCAGUUGCAUAUGAAACUAUUUCUUCUCUUCUGCCUGUUUGUG